AGGUGGCGGCACCCGACGCGCGACGAUACUCUCGCACGUCAAGCGAUAUGUGACAAAUAAAAAGUACGGACAUAGGUGCUGUAUAUUUUCCUCCCCCGAGCGUGCGAACCUUCCUCUCGCUGUAUGGGUCGAAAUCUCCCAAAUGUGAGCUGCGCCCUCGCUGCCUCGCGCCACCCCGCCAAAUGAUACGCACCGCUGUUCGCAAUGAUGCUCUGCGUAAGACAUGGGAGGCGGCACGGCGUCCCGUUGCUGUUCAACCUGAUCCCGCGGGCUCUCUAUUCGCGUCGCAGCGACCGGAGCACGAGUUCCUACAAGAUCAUCAAGUCCAAUGGCGACUCCCUGGACGAUAUCGACAACAGCGUUUUGGGUAUCAACUCCAACUGGGAGUUGUUGACGCCGAGAGGCUUCAGGUUCUACCUUCCUGGAGGCGUGGGACCCGCCUGGCUAGACGCUGCUACCACAGCCCAAGUCAAGACUCAGUUUGUCAAAUUGUUCGACGAAGAGGAAUUGAUGGAUUCCCUGAACAACAGGUACCGAAGGAACGUAGAAAAUUGGAAGGCCAUACGGCCGACGCUGGAGUGCAUGGCACAGGAAUGUCCUAUUCUCCUGCGGAAAAGCAUAGAGGAGCUGUUCCCGGGAUGCUUAGACGUGACAAUGUCACACCUCACUAUUAUAACUAUUAGUCAGAAGGCAAAUGCCAAGUCGAUGAGAUGGCGUAAGGAAGCGGAGACGGAGAAACUCGCCAAAUAUUUUGUUUUAGCAGCCUCCGACAUAUGUACAAAGCUCAAAAUGGUCGGUUACUGGGCGGACUUUAUUAAUCCCUUCAGCGGACAACCCUAUUUAAGUCCACGGAAGGGCGCCAAUCUCUACGAGACCGACGAACGAUUUCGCUGCGUAGGAUUUAAAGUGCAGCAGAGGAACAACUGCCGGAUUAUUGUGUCGGAUAAUAGUCUACAAAAUUUUAUCGGAAGUCUAUAUACCACAGCACCAGCGAGUACAGAGUUUUUAAAACAAAUAAUAAACGUUGAUAACGAAGAUCAAUAAAUAUGUGUACAUACAAAGAAAAGACUGUAGUUUACUUGUGUGAUUCUGUCAUUGAAGCCGUUGAAGUUUUAAUAAGUCCCUCACGUACCUGUGAUCAAUUCAGGUGUUCGGUUAUAAGGCAAGCGUGACUCGUCACCAAAUUUGGCUUCGCGUUACGAUGGCUACAUAUUGAUACAUCCUCAAUAAAGUACGGACGGAGUA